AUGAUGACAUCUAAAACUGAUCGAGCUUCAUUUUCUGCUUCAUCUGCUGCUCUACUUGCUAUACCAUAUUCAGUAACACCUGGUGAAUCACGUAAUUUUGAUUUAAGUACAUCAUCUUAUAUUACUUCAACUGGUUCAAGUACAGAUCCACAUUAUUUAUACAGUCAAUUAAAAAGUAAAGAAUGGAUUCAACGUUAUGGUCUUAAAUCACAAAAAUUAACUUUUGAUCAGAUUCUUCAACAGAUUGGAUUCAAACGUGUUGAAAGUUGGUUCUAUUUUUUUUUGUCAAUGAAAAAAUUUUUCUUAGAAAUCAAAUUGAUACUUAUUUAGAUUUGAGAAAUAUUAAAGUCAUAGUAACGCUAAUUAUAGAGUCAAAAAUAAAAAAUAAUUUUAUAGAGAACUUGCUGUAUUGAAGAGUAUGAUCUAAAUAAUUGAAUAUUUCGUUGUCAAGUAUAGAAGAAAAAAAAAAUUUCAAUUUUUCAUCAAGGCGAGAGAAACCUAUAAAAUGGCACAAUCUUUUUUUUUUCGACGUAUUUACAAAUCUUUUGUUUUGAUAUGUAUUGACACAUAUUGUGACUGAUGUAUCCUACUCGAAAUAAAAGAUUUAAUUAAAGUAGAAUGAUAUAUAUAUAUAUAAAUUUGGUCAAUUUAACCAAUAAAUUAAAAUACAAA